CGUCUCUGGAACUGUACUCCGGCCGGCCUGCCAUGUGGGCCGCCUUGAGGCUUGCCCAGCGGCCCCGCCUCCAUGCCGCUGCCCGCAGGCUGCGCUCCUACCACGGGGAUGCGGUGGCCUCGCUGGCCACCCGGCUGGACUCGGACUCCGCGCUGUACCGGGAGAACUAUGAGCAGAUGAAAGCACUAGUGACUCAACUCCACGAACGCGCCCAGUAUAUUCGACUAGGAGGAAGUGAGAAAGCUCGAGCUCGGCACACAGCAAGAGGAAAACUGCUCCCCAGAGAGAGAAUCGACAAUCUUAUAGACCCAGGGUCUCCCUUUCUGGAAUUGUCCCAAUUUGCAGGGUACCAGUUGUAUGGUAAUGAGGAAGUCCCUGCGGGUGGCAUCAUCACUGGCAUUGGUAGAGUAUCUGGAGUUGAAUGCAUGAUUGUUGCCAAUGAUGCCACUGUCAAGGGAGGCACCUACUAUCCAAUAACUGUGAAAAAGCAUGUCCGGGCACAAGAAAUUGCUCUGCAGAACAGGCUCCCCUGCAUCUACUUGGUUGAUUCAGGAGGAGCCAACUUACCUAGACAAGCAGAUACAUUCCCAGAUCGAGAUCACUUUGGCCGAAUAUUCUACAAUCAGGCAAUUAUGUCUUCUAAAAACAUCACACAGAUAGCGGUGGUCAUGGGCUCCUGUACAGCAGGAGGGGCUUAUGUGCCUGCAAUGGCUGAUGAAAACAUCAUCGUACGCAAGCAGGGUACCAUUUUCUUGGCAGGACCCCCCUUGGUUAAAGCAGCUACUGGUGAAGAGGUGUCUGCGGAGGAUCUUGGUGGUGCUGAUCUUCACUGCAGAAAGUCUGGAGUCACUGACCACUAUGCCUUGGAUGAUCACCAUGCCCUUCACUUAACAAGGAAGGUUGUGAGGAGUCUCAAUUACCACAAGAAACUGGAUGUUACUGUUGAACCUUCUGAAGAGCCAUUAUUUCCUGCUGAUGAGUUGUAUGGAAUCGUUGGGGCAAACCUUAAGAGGAGCUUUGAUGUCCGAGAGGUCAUUGCUAGAAUCGUGGAUGGAAGCAGAUUCAAUGAGUUCAAAGCCUUAUAUGGAGACACAUUAGUUACAGGAUUUGCACGGAUAUUUGGAUAUCCAGUGGGCAUUAUUGGAAAUAAUGGAGUUCUCUUUUCUGAAUCUGCAAAAAAGGGUGCUCACUUCAUCCAGUUGUGUUGCCAAAGAAAUACUCCUCUGCUGUUCCUUCAGAACAUCACUGGAUUCAUGGUCGGGAAAGAAUAUGAAGCCGAAGGAAUUGCCAAGGAUGGGGCCAAGAUGGUGGCUGCUGUGGCUUGUGCCAAAGUGCCUAAGAUCACCGUCAUCAUUGGGGGAUCCUAUGGGGCUGGAAACUAUGGGAUGUGCGGCAGAGCAUAUAGCCCAAGAUUUCUGUACAUGUGGCCAAAUGCUCGUAUCUCAGUGAUGGGAGGAGAGCAAGCAGCCACUGUGUUAGCCACAGUAACAAGGGACAUAAAAGCCCGGGAGGGGAAGCAGUUCUCCAGUGCUGAAGAAGCAAACCUAAAAGAGCCUAUCAUUAAGAGAUUUGAAGAGGAAGGAAACCCUUAUUAUUCUAGUGCCAGGCUGUGGGAUGAUGGCAUUAUUGAUCCAGUGGAUACUAGACUGGUCCUGGGUCUCAGUAUUAGUGCAGCCCUCAACGCACCAAUCCAGAAGACUGACUUUGGAAUCAUGAGAAUGUAACCAUAUUAUAAAAUGUGUUCUGUUGAACAGGUGCCAAAUAUUUAAACCACAUUUUUUUGCCUUAAAAUUUUAAAUCUUUAAAUAAGCGGCUGUUACACUAA